GGGAAGGCUUGCGAUUCGAAAGAAUCGAAUCUCUCUCUCCUCUUCUUCCGUUUCCUUAGUCCUUAUUACUCUUUUCUUUCACUCCUUUUCAAACCUGAACUCUCCCUCUCGCUAAAACACCCAAACAAACACAAACACAAACUCUAACUCUCAUUCUCAUCUUUUCCCUCCAAACACUCCCAACAUAUCAAUCACUCUCUUAUCUCUCUAUUUCUCUCGAGCACGCUUCAAUGGCGAACGAUCCAAACCUUCCAAAUCAAGAACCUGGCUCGCAAUUCCACACUCACAAUCACAAUCCCUACGCAGCAGCAGCAGCAGCAGCUUUCCAGGGAAUUCAACCUUUCUCCUUCUUCGCUACUAAUCCCUUUCCCUCCUACUCUCACGCGGCCGCCUCCGUUGCUCAUUCCGCCACCUUUGCCGAACUGGCGUUGAGGCAAAUGAAUGAAUUAGAUGAGUGUGAGGCCCAGACAAGUGGACAGGCCGCCAUCCCCGGACAGACUGAAUUAGCAAAUGAUCUUCCACUUAAACCAGAGUCACGCACUCGUAGAAAGCAUCAGACUCAAUCAAAGGCUCCAAAACAAACCAAAUCUGGGACUCAGAAAACAGAUAUUGCUAAUUGUCGCUAUGACAGUUCUUUAGGCUUGUUAACCAAGAAAUUUAUCAGUUUGAUCCAGGAAGCUAAGGAUGGCACCCUUGAUCUGAACCAUACUGCAGAGAUACUGCAGGUUCAAAAGCGGAGGAUAUAUGAUAUUACAAAUGUCCUUGAAGGAAUAGGAUUGAUAGAGAAAACUUCAAAGAACCACAUACGUUGGAAGGGAUAUGGCGAUGUGGGCCAGCAGGAGCUGGACGAUCAAGUUGCUGCACUAAAGGCUGAAAAUGCGAGUUUAUAUCUUGAAGAAUGCAGUCUUGAUGAAUUUAUAAGGCAAAAACUAGAGUUUCUGAAUGCCCUGAAGGAAGGUGAAAAUUAUCAAAAGUACCUUUUAUUAACAGGAGAAGAUAUUAUGAGCCUUCCAUGCUUCCAGAAUCAAACACUUAUUGCAAUAAAAGCUCCACAGGCUAGUAAUAUUGAAGUUCCUGAUCCUGACGAGCAGGAUAUUGGUUUCCACCAGAGGCAGUGUAAUAUGACUAUUAGAAGCACCACUGGACCAAUUGAUUUGUACCUCUUGAGCAAAUUUGACAGCCAACAUGAAAGUAUGAGUGUUAAGCAGGCUAAAUCACCAGAUUCAUCAGCUGGGAAUAGUGAUCACUGCAAAGAGGAAGAUGCAGUGCAGCCACCCCAGGUUAAUCAAAACAAUUCUUCUGAAGCUUUCAGCUCUCCAGCUUCAGAGGUGUCUGGGAUUCAGAAGAUUAUUCCUUUGGACUCUGGUAUUGACAAUGAUUACUGGUUCCGAACAGAUCCUAAAGUCAGUACUACAGAUUUGUGGGCAUAAUUAGGACUGGGUCCAAAUAGGAGACAUCCUUCAAGAGGAUUCUUCAGAGGGGAGUGCUGUAUUGGCUCAGCCACAAGUAUCACAGCAGGAUGUCUAUGUAAAUAAGAAGCAGGUACUUAAUUGUUCCAGAUGACAUGCUGAUUCAGGGUUUGCUAACUCCCCUUCACAUUUUGAAGUGUAGAUUUUGUAGCUAGAUUUUCAGUUUUCUGACAAAGAUAGCUAAUCACAAAGAUUAUGAAAUAUCUGACAAAGAUGCGAGUCUUCUGUGGAACCCGCUGAUGUAUAUACUAUAUAGGAUAAUUGGUAUAGGUUUGAUAGGGUCCUGAUGAUGUAAGACGAUAAUAAGUGACUUUAUUUUGGGCUUGUAAUGCAGUAAAGGUGCAAUGAGAGGGUAAAAUUCUUAGUAAAUGUUGCAGGUUCAACUAAGUAAAUUUUGUUGCAAAAGC